AUGGCAGAUCCAGCACCUAGUAAAAGUGAUAUUGAAGAAAUUUUUAAAAGAUUACGAGCUAUUCCGGCAAAUAAGACAUGUUUCGAUUGCAAUGCAAAAAAUCCAGCAUGGUCCAGUGUGACUUAUGGUGUCUUCUUAUGCAUCGACUGUUCCGCAGUUCAUCGAGGAUUUGGUGUACAUUUGACAUUUGUUCGAUCCACUCAACUUGAUACAAACUGGACUUGGUUGCAAUUAAGAAACAUGCAAUUAGGAGGAAAUGCAAAUGCUAGAAAGUAUUUUGCAAAAUAUAAUUGCACGUCAACUGAUGCUCAUCAAAAAUAUAACUCACGUGCUGCUAGGCAGUACAGAGAAAGACUCGCACAAGCAUCUGCUGAAGCAAUGCGACGUUAUGGAACAAAGGUUUUACUUCCUUCAACAAAAAAUAAGACAAUGUUACAUGUAGGUGAAGGUCCAACAUCAGCAUCUGAAGAACAAGGUGAUAUUGAUUUCUUUAAAGAACAUGAAAAUGUUGAAGCACAUCAUAAUGAAUCUUUAACACAUGCUGAAGGAAAUUUAGUUUCUGCUAGUAAUUCUGUAUCAAAUAAUGACAAUGAGGAAAAAAAUAAUCAAAAAGAUUCUUUAGAAAAUGCUGGUAAUUUUUUGGGACCUACUGUUAAGUUAUCUGAUCAUACCUCACAUUUGAUAUCCGAGAGGAAACCUACUAUAGGUGGCAGAAAAAUUCAGAAUAAACGAACUGGUUUAGGGAAAAAAGCUGGAGGUUUAGGUGCUCAGAGGGUUAAAACAAACUUUGAUGAAUUAGAAAAAAGCGUAGCUGAAGCUAGAAAAGAUUCACAGGAGAAAGAUCAAGAAAAUACAAAGGAAGAACAGGAAGAAAUUGCUACUCGUCUCGCAUAUCGAUACGAACAGAAUUUAACUGAACAAGCUAAAAAGAUAGAACAAAGAACGAAACAAUUAGAUCCUUCCAAAGCAACGCAAGCAGAGCGUCUUGGUAUGGGAUUUAAUACGCGAAGUGGUGCGAGUCACUCUGCGCUUGGUGAUAUGCGGACAAUAGCACAGGAAACAUCAUCAAAGACUAUCACUGCUUCUGCACCAACGCAAAGAGAUCUCGAUAUCGAACGAGGUCUUUUUAUUAAUUUAGACGAAUUUUAUGCGGCCUUAUUUACCCCAGAAGAAGUUGUUGUUACCGCAGAGCCAGAACAACCAAAACGAGUAGCUCCUCUGAGCAGACCAAUUAAUGCUAAAAAUGACAGCAAAACGACAGCAGAAGGAGAAGCACAAAAGAAAUUUGGUAGUGCCAAGGCUAUUAGUUCAGAUCAGUAUUUUCAGGACAGUAAAGAUGAUGAUUCAUGGGAACGUAAAAGCAAUCUUCGACGUUUUGAAGGUUCAUCUAGUAUUUCAUCAGCUGACUACUUUGGCACAGGAAGUUCUACCGCAACAUCUCCCACGUCUUCUUUGUCAAUGCGUCUUAGUGGUGGAAGUGCUGGAGUUGUUGAUUUAGAUGAUGUUAGAGAAAGUGUACGUCAAGGAGUAAAUAAGGUCGCAGGCAGAAUAAGUUCUAUCGCCAAUGCGGCUGUUUCCUCUCUACAAGACCGCUAUGGACUUUGAAUGAAAACUUAUUGCAUUUUACUAAAAUUGUUACUAAACUUAUAUCUGGACACUUCCUGUCCAUUGUUCGAAAUUGUAAAUAAAAACUUGUAAUUCAGCUUAUUCGUAAUUUGCUUUUUAAAGUUACAAAA